UCCGGGGCGGCGGGCGGCGGGCGGCUGCGGGCGGCGCGGGCGGGGACGCCAGGCUGGGGGCCGCGCGCGGAGGGCGCCGGGCGCAGCAUGGGCGGCCCGCGGGCCUGGGCGCUGCUCUGCCUGGGGCUCCUGCUCCCGGGAGGUGGCGCCGCGUGGAGCGUCGGGGGAGCUCCGUUCUCCGGACGCAGGAACUGGUGCUCAUACGUGGUGACCCGCACCGUCUCGUGCCACGUGCAAAAUGGCACCUACCUCCAGCGAGUGCUGCAGAGCUGCCCGUGGCCCAUGAGCUGCCCGGGGAGCAGCUACAGGACCGUGGUGAGACCCACGUACAAGGUGAUGUACAAGACGGUGACCGCCCGCGAGUGGAGGUGCUGCCCUGGACACUCGGGGCCCAGCUGCGAGGAAGCCCCCUUCCCACUGCCCUGUGCUCUCACCAACCCCAUCAGGCGGUCAGCUUGUUCCAGUUCAGCCCCCUUCAUGCUGUGUGACCCAGUUGCAGGCUCCUCUGGCGUCGUGGAGCCUGGGUGGGCAGGCAACACCAUGCGACGGAUGGCGCUCCGGCCCUCGGCCUUCGCAGGUUGUCUCAACUGCAGCCAAGUGUCGGAGUUGACGGAGCGGCUGAAGUUGCUAGAAGCCAAGGUGGCCGUGCUGACUGUCUCAGAGCGGGCAGUGCCCCCGACCCCGGCCAUCCCUGAAGACCCUGCCCCACUCUGGGGCUCCCCAGCUGCCCAGGGGAGCCCCGGGCAAGGAGGCCGCCCAGGGCUCCCAGGAGCCAGCGAGAACGCCAGGGCCCCGUUGCUCCCUCGAGAUGGGUGCUCGGGGGCUGCCUGGCCCCACCGGUCCCAAGGGAGACACCGGUAGCCGGGGUCCAACAGGGAUGAGAGGCCCACCAGGUCCACAGGGCCCCCCAGGGAGCCCUGGCCAGACUGGAGCGGCAGGUACCCCUGGAGAGAGGGGGGCUCCAGGCCCACCAGGACCUCCUGGCCCUCCUGGGCCCCCAGCCCCUGUUGGGCCCCCACAUGCCCGGAUCUCCCAGCACGGGGACCCAUUACUAUCCAACACCUUCACUGAGACCAGCAGCCGCUGGCCCCAGGGACCCACUGGGCCCCCGGGCCCCCCAGGACCCAUGGGUCCCCCUGGACCUCCUGGCCCCACAGGUGUCCCUGGAAGUCCUGGACACAUGGGACCCCCAGGCCCCGCUGGACCCAAAGGAAUCUCUGGCCGUCCAGGCGAAAAGGGCGAGAGAGGACUUCGUGGGGAGCCCGGCCCCCAGGGCUCCGAGGGGCAGCGGGGUGAACCUGGCCCCAAGGGAGACCCCGGCGAGAAAAGCCACUGGGCUCCUAGCUUACAGAGCUUCCUGCAGCAGCAGGCUCAGCUGGAGCUCCUGGCCAGACGGGUCACCCUGCUGGAAGCCAUCAUCUGGCCAGAACCAGAGCUGGGCUCCGGCGCAGGCCCUGCCGGGGCGGGCACCCCCAGCCUCCUUCGGGGCAAGAGGGGAGGACACGCAGCCAGCUACCGGAUCGUGGCCCCUAGAAGCCGGAACGAGAGAGGCUGAGGGCAGCGGAGGCCCCUCGGGGUGGACCAGGCCAGCUUCCCUUCCGAGCCUGGCCUUGGCCGGCUGCCGCCAGGGACCGCUGUCCCUAUUUAUGAUGUCCUCAGGGACCCUUCUGCCGUCAGCGCCUUAGGGGGGUGGGCAGGUGUCAGUGCUGGCGCCCCCGUCCCAGUCUGAGACCAGGGGAGAGUAGGGCCUGGGAGGGAAGUGGCAGCCCAGGCCAGGGGUAAGGCAGUGCUCAGGGCCCUGGGCCUCAGUUUCCCUCUGGGACGGCGCGGUGCUGGUCUUCAGGGAGGGUGCGUCCACUGUCUGGGGACCCAGGCCUGAGGCCCCGAGGCAGUGGGAAGCCGGAGCUCUGCCUUGCCCGCUCCUCCCCAGAUCUCGGGGUGCCGCUCUGCACCCCUGCCCUCCUUGUCUGGUGCUGGCUUGCCCUGAGGUCAGGCUGCUUCAUCUCUGGACAGUCGGGGGCUCCCUGCCUCAGGUCUGCCCCUGAGCCCCUCGGCCCCGCCCCCACCAGUGCCCUGGGCAGAGGGUGGGGACGUGCAGAGAAAGGGGCCACCUGCUGGCUGUGUGCUGGCCAAUAAAGGCCUCCGACCCAG